GGGAACGGGGUCGCUUCUUUUUCCCCCCUCGCUGAUCCCCCCGCGCGCUCUCCUCCUUCGUGCCAAGAACCUCGGGGCGCAACGAUGGCGCGUUUGGCGCGGCGCCUGGCUUUCCUCCUCCUCUUCUUCCUCGUCCAGCUGCAGCCGAGCUGGGCCGACACGCCGGCCAACUGCACCUUCGAGGACCUAGUGGGCACCUGGGUUUUCCAGGUGGGCAGGGGGCACGGAUCCCCGAGCCAGCGCAUAAACUGCUCCGAAGUGGGGGCUGUGGAGAAAAAAGUUGUCAUUAACCUUCAGAAACUCGAUGUUGCUCAGGACGAUCAAGGGAACUUUGGCUUCUUCACGAUAAUUUACAACCAAGGCUUCGAGGUUGUGCUGAACAACUACAAGUGGUUUGCAUUUUUUAAGUACGAAAAGGAUGGCUUAAACGUAACCAGUUACUGCCACGAGACCUUACCUGGUUGGGUCCAUGAUGUAUUGGGCCGGAACUGGGCAUGCUUCACCGCGCAAAAGAUCUCCCCUUCAGCCUCCGGUGUCCGUGUAAAUCAGCUGCCUUUGAAAUCUGCCGGAAGAUCACUGCAGAAGUUCUACGUGAACAACUUCGACUUCGUAGGGGCAAUCAACGCCAUUCAGAAAUCGUGGAAAGCAGUAGCCUACAAGGAAUAUGAAGGCCUCACCCUGGAAGAUUUGGCUCGGAGAGCAGGCGGAUUAAAUCCCAGAAUUCCAAGGCCAAAACCUGCCCCUCUCACUGCUGAACUAAGGAAACAAGUUUCCAACCUGCCUGAAUCUUGGGACUGGAGGAACGUGAAUGGUGUUAACUACGUCAGCCCAGUACGAAACCAGGCAUCCUGUGGCAGUUGCUAUGCCUUUGCUUCCAUGGGCAUGCUUGAAUCCAGGAUUCGUAUCCUCACCAACAAUUCGCAGACUCCGACGCUCAGUCCCCAGCAGGUUGUUUCCUGCAGCCAGUACUCUCAAGGCUGCGAUGGAGGAUUUCCUUACCUCAUUGCUGGCAAAUACGCUCAGGAUUUUGGUGUGGUUGAGGAGGACUGUUUCCCUUACACAGCCAGAGAUUCGCCCUGCACUUUUAAGAGCAAGUGCUACCACUACUAUGCCACCAACUACCACUAUGUCGGCGGCUUUUACGGAGGGUGCAAUGAAGCGCUGAUGGAACUUGAACUUCUUGCACACGGGCCCAUGGCUGUUGCCUUUGAAGUGUAUAGUGACUUCCUGCAUUACGGAGGGGGGAUCUACCACCACACGGGCCUGAUGGAUCCUUUCAACCCUUUCGAGCUGACCAACCACGCGGUCUUGCUCGUCGGCUACGGCAGUGACCCUGCCACCGGCGAGAAGUUCUGGAUAGUGAAGAACAGCUGGGGAGACAGCUGGGGCGAGGGGGGUUAUUUCAGGAUCCGUAGAGGAACCGAUGAAUGUGCGAUCGAGAGCAUCGCCGUGGCCGCCACGCCUAUCCCCAAAAUGUAGCCGCGGUACUUUUCGCCCAAUACCUUCCCAGGAAGCAAUGGUGUCCGUCCUAAAACAAAAAAACAAAUUAUGGUGCGCUUCAUGGCAGUUUGCUUUGGCAGCUUAAGAAAAUGAGCUUUAAU